AAUUAAGAAAACUUUAUGCCACAGGGAUACGCAGGGAUCACACAACAUCUCACAGCGACAGAUACACCUCUUGGUGAGUUUCGCAAGCAUCAAGGGCACUGCAAGUAUAUAAUAAAUAAAGAGAUAGAAUUUGUCAUGACUCCAGUGAGCAUCGCCGACUACGUGCCUUUCCUCGUCUCUUCACCCAGCAUGAUGCUUCGUCUUGUACUUAUGGCAGCGGCGGUGGCGACGGUGAUGGCCUCGCCCGCCAUCCCACUGGCAGCCAAGGCGAUGUACAACCCGUACCUCUUCCAAGGUGACAUAAUGGGCAUCGCUGGACAGGAGCCUGGGAACGAGAGGGCGGCCAUCCUGGGACCUCAGUACCUGUGGUCCGGCGGCGUGGUGCCCUACGUCUUCGGCAGCUCCAUCACUCAACAUCAGAGAAACAUAAUUGUUCAGGGUAUGAUUGACUUCCAUGCCAAGACCUGCAUCAGAUUUGUCGAGAGAACCGCACAGCGUGACUACAUCGAGAUUGUCUCAGAUUACCAAGGGUGCUGGUCCUACGUGGGCAAGGUCGGAGGUAAUCAGUACCUCUCUCUUGAAGCCAACGGCUGCAUCGCGGUGGGAAUAGCCAUCCACGAGCUGAUGCACGCUGUUGGCUUCUACCACGAGCACACACGCAAUGAUCGCGACAAUUACGUCACCAUUCACUACGAAAACAUCAUUCCAGGUAUGGAGUCCCAGUUCAAUAAGGACAGCUACUAUCAGUACGUGGGCGAGGGUUACAACUACGCCAGCAUCAUGCACUAUGGCAUGUACACCUUCUCCAAAGAGUGGGGUGUGAAGAAGACAGUCGAGCCCAAGGACCCCAACGUGGUGCUGUAUGAACCCUGGGAGAAGUACGAGAUGAAACAGAGUGACGCCAACCAGAUCAACAACCUGUAUGCCACCGAGUGUGCCCGCCGCCACUAAGAGUUAGAAGCAAUAAACUCGGGAAAUGCUCGCUUCCGCUGAAAUUAACUUUCCAUCAUAUCUAAAGUUUGCUGUUUUUGUUUAAUUUUCUAUAGUUUCCCACGAUGACGAAUUUGGAUAAUUUACAAACGCAUUGUUCAGAUUUUCUUUACCUUCUUAGUUCCUCAACACAAUUUUCAUUCAUCUAUUAUAUUUUAAUUUUUCUCCUAGGACAUUUGAUGUAACUACUAACUUUUUAAGUAGGUAUGUGUAAUUUUUUCACAUGUAUAAAAAAAGAUAUUCAUUCCUUGCAUAUUUUUUAUGCAUGAUUGUGACGAGUUACAAAAGAACUGUGAAGAUGUUAGCUUAAUUCAGCUGCAAUAGAAGAAAUAAAUCAUUGUUAAUA